AUUAAAAAUGUGUUUGAAAACAUGGCGGAUGAUAUAUUUUCCUGUCUAGAGUGUGUCAUGCCGGUUUUGAAGUAUUGAAGUAAUUACAAAGACCACAAAGCUAUUUAUCAAUUUCAGUGUUAAAUGCUCUAGAGGUGCCUGAGAAAAUUAUAAAAUGGCUGAUGGAAAAAAAUUAGCUAACCUAAAGCUUGGAGCUUCAUUAAAUAGAUUGGGUAUAAGUGGAAGAGGAAGAUCACCGAGUGGCUCAGGUCUCACAAGAUUAGGUUCCUUGAAGCCAGCAAGAGAUUUGACACUUGGAAGUACCCCAAAGAGAAAUUUCGUUCCUAAUAUUCCAGCACGACGGACAGUCAAGGAAGAGCCUUCCAAUGAUAAGCCAGAGGCCACAGCUUCGUCACAACAAGGAGAUGGGAAGCGAAAUCGAGGAGGGACACCUCGUCGUGGCCGAGAUAGAGGCCGUGGUCGCGGAAGGGGUAGAGGAGAAAUUGUGACGUCGCAGUCCAUAUUUUCACAGGGGCCGUUCGCAUUAAAUCGACCGGGUGCAAGUCGAGAAGCGACUUCAUCAUACUCAAGUCAAGGAAAUAGAGAAAGCUCUCAUGGCGAACCAAGAAGUAGAAGUUCUGUCAUCAGGGAAGGAAAAGGUGGGCUGGAGAGUGGCGAAGAUUCACAAAGAAUUUUGAACAUGCUGUCUGACUCGGGAAAAAUGGAAAUAGAUGACGAAGAAAUCCAGCGUGGUGGACUUAUGCCAAUUACUAUACCUUUAGCAAACCCAAAACUUUUAGGUGAUCAGCUGAAAGAGAUAAAAGUUGAUCCUAGACAGCAGACAGUUAAAGAAGAGGACAUUGAAAUGUCUGAUUUCGGUUUGAAGCCAAAAAUGAUUGGAAAGUUCACGCACCAAGUUACUUGCGAUCAGUUAUUCAGUUCGAAUUUUGAGAAAGAACAACUUCUGUUUCUACAGUUUCCGGAUGCAUUACCAAUUAAGCCUCUUUCCCACGAAUCUGAUGUACAUAAUGAAAGUGAGGCAGCUGAAAAAGUAGAUACACACCAAGCCUCCGAUGAAGAUCUCCAGAAAUUCUCGUUCACAAAUGUUUCUGAAGGUUAUAUUGGAAAACUUGUUGUGCAUAAGUCUGGCAAAGUUAGAAUGCUUCUUGGAAAUGCGUCUUUUGAUGUCGAUAUGGGAACACCGUGCGGCUUUUUGCAAGAUCUUGUGGCAAUUCACCUCGACAAUAAUCGAAAAGAGAUGGUUUGUCUCGGCCAUGUUAAUCAAAGAGUAUUGUGUGUACCAGAUUUCGACGAACUUGUUGGGAGUGCUGCAUCAUAAUGGAAGAACAUAAACAACGAAAAAGAGCCUCCAGAAACCAUGAUAGAAUGCCGCGCUUUUGGUAAACCAGGUCAGAGUCACAUGACAUUUUCUACAGUGGCAAGUCGGAAAGUUCACUGUAUGAAAGUGAUAUUCAACUGUGUAUUCAACCAAGCAAAUGUUGUUUUGCGUGAAAGAUUGAGAGGACUAUUCCAAGGAAGGUCUCAUUUUUAUGAGACGUGGAUGUUAUUAGCCGAUAACUUAAAUUACCGCAUUAUAAAAUGAUGAUUUUUGUCAAGAAUACACUCUUUUUUUAUAAGAACAAUUUUAUAAGAACACGAGCCUCAAAUGGGUCAAAAGUUAAGAACAAAUUUAGAACAAGCUAAGGCUGAGCUUCGACAAAAUGCAAUUUUAAACAACGUUUUUUCUCAAAAUCGAGGAUUUUUAGCGAUGUGUGGGUGUUUUUUCGUCGAAUAUUUAAACUUUUCGGCAACUAAAGGUUGUCUCACUCACUUUGUUGGCAAAUGAGGCCUGAACACCUCCCUAGAGUGAAAAAGCUAGCACUCGCACUGCUUACACCCUAUUAGAUUAAGAACAAAUUAAGAACAAUCCAGCCUCAGAUUUUCAAAAAAAUUUAGAACUGUCAGCCUGAACUCAAAUUUACUGGUUCUUAUAAAAAAAAGAGUGUACUCGAAGUGAUAUUAUGUUGAAUCAUGCUAAUGCGGAAUCUUGUCCUGAAUUUCUUAAAAGUUUCGAAGCUAUUGUACAUCUGAAAUUCACAGUUUGCAGGAUUUAGAUUAGACUCGUCAAAUUAAAAAUAUCCUUGAUAAGUUUUUUUCACUGAAGAUGAAAAUUUUGACUGAUCAUUUGUGGCCCGAGUGAUGAUGAAUUCGCGCCAUUUGGUCCGUUCAUCGACUCAUUUUCUUUGUUAUUAGACUUUUGCCUGUGAAUUUCUAGGUGUUGAGGAAGUAUUGUGUCUUGUGUCUUCUUCUUUAUGUUGAAGUUAGGGAAAGGCCCGGGAAGCCGCAAAGCCCUAACAGGAAAAAGACGAAGGGAUUAGAAAGAGAGCGAGACAAGAUAUCGUUUGUUGAUUUUAGUUUCGAAUAAAGACAGGUUAUUAGUGUCUGGGAAGCAAAAGAAGAGGGUGGAGUGUGCCAAAGUUUACAAGAACUGGGAAUUGAGGAUGAGUUAUGGGACAGAGUUCGUGAAUUUGGUCAAGAGACCUAGAAAGAGUGAGGACUGGAAGAGUCUACGGUUUUUUGGACAUGUCACAGAGAACCUAGGAUCAGAUUUCUGAUCUCUCUGAUUUAGUAUCCAUGUUAAAAUCUUGAUCGGCAUCCAUUCACACUGUCUAGAGUAUCUCAGCCAGUUUCUAAUAUGUUUAGCUGAUUUGCGUUGCUAGAAGUAUUCCACGAUGCUAUUUAAGAUUAUGCGAUUCAAAUGGAAAAAUUCUUAAUUGGAUUUUCGUGACGUCAUCACUUUAUAAUUCAUUACAAUGAGCAGUGGGCAUGUUAUGGGUAUGGUUGAACUUGAAAAGAUAGAAACGAAUUUUUCUCAACUCUGGAUUUGAUUCUAAAUAUCGCCUGCUGGCACAAACAUUUAUUGAGAGUUAUUUUCUGAAGAAAGCAGCCGAAAGGGCUUGGUUGAUCUUUCUCCAAAAUAACGAUGUGACGCAAAACAACUCGUUAAAAUUUAGCAAAAAAAGUGAAGAAAAUUACCAGAUGUUUCAGUUCCCACUGGUUUUCAUUAUCUUUGCCUUACACUUACAUUGAGGUGAGUACUGUUAUUAUUUAAUUUGCACAAGUGAGAUUAUCUACGAUGAUUUUAUGACAUAUUAGUUGCUGUAGUGUAGAGAUUCCACACCCGGUUUUGCGGUCACUAGGGCUGAGUCCCCGAGUCUCGUUUUCGAGGUCUAGGACUUCGAAACGAGGAGCUAA